AUGUCGCCUCCAGCUAACACACACCUAGCCUACACCCCUCCUGAUGGGGGCUGGGGCUGGGCAGUAGUAUUUGGAGCGUUCAUUUCCAUUGGAUUUUCAUAUGCUUUUCCUAAAGCCAUAGCAAUCUUCUUCAAAGAAAUCCAGGAUUUCUUUGGCACAUCCUACAGUGAGAUUGCAUGGGUGUCUUCAAUUAUGUUGGCCACUACCUAUGGUGGAGGUCCUAUUAGCAGUAUUUUAGUGAAUCGUUUUGGCAGCCGACCAGUGGUUAUAUUUGGAGGCCUGCUGUGUGGAAUUGGGAUGAUUUCGGCGGCGUUCUGCACGAGCAUUUUACAGCUUUACAUCUGCGUUGGAGUCGUUUCAGGAUUUGGCCUUGCUCUUAACCUUCAGCCUUCGGUGAUAAUCAUCGGGAAAUACUUUUUGAAAAGGAGACCAAUCGCCAACGGCCUUGCCAUGGCUGGCAGCCCCGUAAUGCUUUCUACCCUUGCUCCUUUGAACCAGUUCCUUUUUGACAAUUUUGGCUGGAGGGGCAGUUUCUUUAUUCUUGGGGCAAUUUUACUGAACUGCUGUGUGGCUGGUGCUCUCUUCAGGCCCAUUGGAAUGGCAGCUGACCCUGUUCGGAAACCAACCAUCAAGCAAGCUGAAAAGACUGUAAAAGAGCAGACCAAUAAAAGCUCAGUUGAAAUGCUCUCUCCCAAAACUGUCAGUUCGUUGAGCGGAACCGAAGACGAGGAGGACAAAGACUGCUGUGAGAAGUUUAAUAAGUACCUUGAUUUUUCCCUUUUUAAGCACAGAGGUUUCCUGAUUUACCUGAUUGGAAACGUGCUCAUGUUUCUGGGAUUUUUUGCCCCUAUUGUUUUUUUGGCCCCUUACGCAAAGCACCUUGGCAUUGAUGAAUACUCAUCAGCCUUCCUCCUUUCUAUCCUUGCAAUAGUUGAUAUGAUCGCCAGACCCACCACUGGAAUUAUUGCCAACAGUAAAUGGGUGAGGCCAAAGAUCCAGUAUUUUUUCAGCUUUUCAAUUGCUUUUAAUGGUGCCUGCCAUCUCCUGUGCCCCUUAGCCACAGGCUACACGGGUCUAGUCAUAUACUCCGUCUUUUUUGGCUUGGCCUUUGGUAUGGUUUGUGCCAUGCUCUUUGAAACCCUCAUGGACCUCGUGGGAGCUGCGCGAUUCACAAGUGCUGUUGGCCUUGUCACCAUAGUGGAGUGUUGCACGAUACUUCUUGGACCACCUAUUGGAGGAACGCUUAUAGAUACUUUUGGAGAUUACAAAUACAUGUUCAUUAAAUGUGGAGCUGUGAUGGUCUUAGCAGGAACAUUCCUGUUCAUCAUGAAUUACUACAAUUAUCGUAUGCUGGCGAAAGAGGAGAGGGAAAAAAAAGCGACAGAAGAGACAAUGAAGGACAACAAACAUAUAAGGACAGAAACAGAGGACGGAAAUAUCUGGGCCAAAGAAAAGAUGCAGGAUGGUCCGGAGGUGGAACCUUUGACAGACGAAAAAGAGGGACUAAAAAAAGAAGUGAAUGGCAAAAGUGAAGUCUAAGCUUGUUUUAACAGGUUGAUUGGGAAAUUGCUUUUUGUGUUUCUUAAAUUGACUGUAACAAUGACAUGACUUUAGAUGUCUACUUCUGCAUUGAUACUGCUCUAUUUCUACACUUUGCUUUGUCUAGGAAAAGCCUAAAGAAAAGAAAAAAAAGUCUAGCGUCUUACGAAGUGCUGGCACAUACAGUGCAAUACCUGUUCCUAUAUUGUUGGAGGGCUGCAUCAUUUUUCUUUAGCUAUUUCCUGUGGCCAAUAGGGAUCUUAAAAGCAUCUAACCCCCAUUCUGCUCUUAGGCCUGCUCCAAUGUCUAUGAAAGGCUAGGAGCUAGAAGUGUGAUUUCCCUGCUUGCGUACGCAGACUUGGGCUGGCUCUCAUUGAGCUAGCAUGAGUCUAAGUAGCCGUGUAGCUGUGGUAGCACGGGGAGCAGCAGCAGAGGCCGGGGUAAGCUGAACGGAGUACGCACCCACCAUUUCAGGCAGGUUUGUAAUCAACAUGGCUCAGCCAUAACUCCACUGCCCCCACCCAGGCUGACGCGGCUACACAGCUAUUAAUGCUCGUGCUAACCCAAUGACAGCUAGCGGAAGGAUAUGUACACGAGCGAGGGAAUCACACCGCUCGCUCGUAGUGUAGAUGUAGCCAAAGUCAAUGCAAAACCUUCCACUGGCUGCAAUGUGCUUUGAAUUAGCUGAUAUUAGAGAGGAAUCUUCCACUGCUAUGGAACCAUUUAAGUACUGUCAUUAUGGGCCUGAUCAGUGUCCAGGGAAACCAACAGCAAGGCUCCCGUUGACAUCAGUGUGUAUUGGAUCAGGGCUCAAGGACCUAUCGGGAAGGCUUAAAUGCCACCCUCAUUUAGCCGCUGCACUUUUACUAAUGCACCUUCAUCACAGGGAAAAGUAACUAGGCUUAAUACCAAUCACCUUCAUUUUGAAGCCAUGCUUGGUUUAAAGAUUCAGCUUAAAUUAAAGCCUUGGCUUCUAACGACAGUAUGCACCGGUACGUGGUUGUGUGUGAUAGGCCACGUGGUCUUGUGGACUGAGCACAGGAUCUGGAGCCAGGCAGUCACCAGCUCUAGUGGCAGCUUGACCAAUGACUUGCUGUAGGGUCGUGGGGAAACGGCUCUGAGCCAGAUCCACGGGUGCUAUGAGCAGAGUAACUUAACAAAGGUGAAAUUCACCCUGUGUAGAGGACCAGGGUGUGCCUGUGCACCACUUAAGCCUUCAAGAAAAGGGUGAAAGUUAAUUCCAUCGACGUCAAUCAGCAGGGAAAACUAAGUGGGAACAACGGGAGUCCUGCAACGACUUACACACAGGGGCGUUGGGAGCCAUGGAACCAAACUGAAAACCCUGUAUAUAGUGGAAACCACUUCAAGCCACAGGGUGUGGCAGCACCUAUGCUUACACAUAUGCUUCGCUUUACUCCUGGCUAGUCCCGUUGACUUCAAUGAGACGAUUCACGUGAAUAAAGAUAAGCCCGUGGGUUUGCAGGAUCAAGGCCACUGGCUUCCAUAGAGUUUCACUCACCAUCAACGGUUCUAUGUAUCUGUUUCCCCAUCAAUAAACUGCAGAUAAUAACAACAGGGAGUUGUGAGGGCUCAUUAGUUAAACCUGUUAAGGUUUGUAUAAACACCAGCACCCAGGUCCUGAGCGGUAUUUAGGCACCUAACUCCUAUUCCUUUCACUUGGCAUUAGGGACCUAAACACCGUUGAGAACCUGGGCCUAAGUAUUAUUAAUGACUUCCCAGCUCACUGCAAAUAUUGGAGAAAAAUCAUAUUCCGUAGCUCUGUCAUCUGAGCACAGUAUUUAAUUAAACCCAAUGUACAGACUGAGUACACCUUAGCUGUGAACGAUGGCUUUUUAAAAAUGAAUCUUUUCUGUGUAUUCUGCUGCCCUUUAAACGUAGGUCAGAUGUGUAGUUUCCUCCACAGGACUUGGGGAUGUGCAGUGGGGUUGAAAUGCUGUUUCCAUUGAAGUCAGUGAGGCUAAGAUUUCAUCCUUAGACACCAUCUUGUGUUUGUUGUGGACAGCACAUCCCAGUAACACUGGAUUUUUUUUUUAAAUAUUCUUUAUCACAGUCAUGUAAAUAUGAACAAAACUAUUCCAAAUUAAUGGUGUUGAUGGAGAUGCCAGAACAUUUCCUGACAGCACAUGUCAUUUGGAAGCUUUAAGCUAUUCAAUAAAGCUCUUUUAAAAAAAA